GGCAGGCUCCAGGGAAGGCCCCACCAAGUCCUUUUGGGGGGUCUUCAAUGGCAACUGAUACAUAAUAAGACACAAUCUAUUCUGCUGAUUCACAAUUAUGGAGACUGUGUAAUACAAGAUAGAAGAGAGGUCUCGACAUAAGCCCUGGAAAGAAGAAAGGAUUGGCCUGCAUUUACUUCUGAGCUCGUGCCUGCAGACGGUCUGCGGAGUUUAUGAUCGGAUGCCGGGCAGCCCACUGGUCCAAAGGUCUCCACAUGACGUCACCGUAACGAGGGUGGCUCCCGCUUUGUAAAGACCUCAUCGCCGCGAGGUGAGGCUAAGAUGAGCAUUACCAGUGACGAGGUGAACUUUCUGGUGUAUCGGUACCUCCAGGAAUCAGGUUUCUCCCACUCGGCCUUCACGUUUGGGAUCGAGAGCCACAUCAGCCAGUCCAACAUCAACGGGACACUAGUGCCGCCGGCUGCCCUCAUCUCCAUCCUUCAGAAGGGACUGCAGUAUGUGGAGGCCGAGAUCAGCAUCAACGAGGAUGGCACGGUGUUCGACGGCCGCCCCAUAGAGUCCCUGUCCCUGAUCGACGCCGUGAUGCCCGACGUGGUGCAGACGCGGCAGCAGGCGUUCAGGGAGAAGCUCGCGCAGCAGCAGCAGGCCAACGCCGCCGCCGCAGCCGCUGCAGCCACGGCCACCGCCACCGCCACCGCAGCCACCCCAGCCCCCGCAGCCGUUUCCCAGCAAAACCCACCAAAGAAUGGAGAGGCCACGGUGAACGGGGAGGAGAACGGCGCGCACGCAAUAAAUAACCAUUCGAAACCAAUGGAAAUAGAUGGGGAUGUUGAAAUUCCACCCAACAAAGCCACAGUCCUUAGGGGCCAUGAGUCCGAGGUGUUCAUUUGUGCCUGGAAUCCUGUCAGCGAUCUCCUAGCUUCUGGAUCCGGAGACUCGACCGCCAGGAUAUGGAACCUUAAUGAGAACAGCAACGGGGGCUCCACACAGUUGGUGCUGAGGCACUGUAUUCGGGAAGGGGGACACGACGUCCCAAGCAACAAGGAUGUGACCUCGCUGGACUGGAACAGCGAUGGGACACUAUUGGCUACAGGUUCCUAUGACGGCUUUGCAAGAAUAUGGACGGAAGAUGGUAACCUGGCCAGCACCUUAGGGCAGCACAAAGGCCCCAUCUUUGCCUUGAAGUGGAACAAAAAGGGGAACUAUAUUCUGAGUGCUGGUGUGGACAAAACAACCAUCAUCUGGGACGCCCACACAGGAGAAGCCAAGCAGCAGUUCCCCUUCCACUCAGCCCCCGCUCUGGACGUGGACUGGCAGAACAACACUACCUUUGCCUCCUGUAGCACGGACAUGUGCAUCCAUGUGUGCAGGCUCGGCUGUGACCGCCCAGUCAAAACCUUCCAAGGGCACACAAAUGAGGUCAACGCCAUCAAGUGGGAUCCUUCAGGAAUGCUGCUAGCGUCCUGCUCUGAUGACAUGACAUUAAAGAUCUGGAGUAUGAAGCAAGACACGUGUGUCCAUGAUCUUCAGGCUCACAGCAAAGAGAUCUACACCAUCAAGUGGAGUCCCACGGGACCAGCCACCAGCAACCCAAACUCCAACAUCAUGUUAGCAAGUGCUUCGUUCGAUUCUACGGUCCGACUGUGGGAUGUGGAGCGGGGCGUUUGUAUCCACACACUAACCAAACAUCAGGAACCUGUCUACAGUGUAGCCUUCAGUCCUGAUGGCAAAUACUUGGCCAGUGGCUCCUUUGACAAGUGUGUCCAUAUCUGGAAUACUCAGAGUGGAAGUCUCGUCCACAGCUACCGGGGCACAGGUGGCAUCUUCGAGGUGUGCUGGAACGCUCGAGGAGACAAAGUGGGCGCCAGUGCGUCCGAUGGCUCUGUGUGUGUGUUAGAUCUGCGGAAGUAAACACAAUGAACGUUAGGAGAGGAGAAAAAGAUCCUGAGGGAGCAGCCGUGGGUGCGCGGGGUCGCCGCUCUGUCCCCGUCCACCGGCUCCAACCGUGUUCGAGCUUGACUUGUGCACUUAGAGUGAAACCAACUUGUCCCUGGCCGCGGGAGUCUCUCUCUCUCUUUCUCGUCAUCUUCAUCCUGAAGUUGAAUAAACAAAAGCAGACCGAGAGCCCUGGGGGAGGGUCCCGCCCGGGCCGUCUGAGCCAGGGAAGGAGGAGGUCGGUUUCCAUCCCGAGUGGGCUCUUGGGGCUUAAUGGGAAGGGGGUAGUGAAAGAAGCUGUGCCAAAAAAAAAAAAAA